GGGCCAGCAAGCUGCGGCGAAAGGGCGACUCUUCUGGGGACAAGGGCAAGUCCAAGGGUGGCGGCAAGAUGAAUGAGGAGAUCUCCAGUGACUCGGAGAGCGAGAGGUAUAACUUACAUACAGUAAUAUUCACCUUUCUUAGUGUACUGUUCUGUGAGUUGUGACAGUCGCAUAUAGUCGUGUAACUACCACCACUAUAAAGAUAUAGAAGGGUUUUACCACCCACCAAAAUCCCCCAUGGCUCCUUUGCAGUCAGUUCCCACCCCCCUCCAACCAGUAACUGCUGUCCCUAGAAUUUUGCCUUUUCCAGAAUGUUAUCUGAGUGGAAUUACAAUGGUUGUAUACUUGCCUUGAUUUUCUUUAGAGUUCUGUCUUCUGUGUGUGAACCCGAAACAAUAGAUUGAUUCCUUGGGUAAACUGAGUAGAAGUUAAGACCUUGGUGUAUGAGGGAAGGGCAGCACCAACCCUGUUGGCUGAAGACUUGCUGGGCACUGGGUACUAACCGGUCUCAGGAGCAUGGUCAGGCCUUGGCUUCCUUGAGAGUUUCCAAGGUCCUUUCUGGGGAAGUUGUGGGCAAGGUCAUGGAUGAGUCUAGGAAACAACUGGGCUACCUGACAGGGACUAGAUAUCUGCAGGCACUUGAUCAGAGGGAACGGACUGCCCUGGGUUUUCUGCUCCUGAGUUCCCGUGACUUACCUCCAGCUCCCAGGAGCAAGUCAAAGUAGGACUCAUCUUGAGUGAGGGGCAUGGAGGGGAAAGCAAGGACUUCACUAGCACAAGGUCAAGCCAGGCCCAGUUAAGCUUCACCUGGAAUCCCAUCCUCAGGGUAGAGGAUGGUGCCAUGGCAGUGAGGAUGGGGCGUUGAUAGUCCCAACAUGUCUGCCUCUUGGUUCCUUGCAUCACAUCUGAGCUGGCUGCUCCCCUGUGUCUGGGGCGGGGGGGUCGUUGUUGUUCUGAGAUCUACCGCUUCUGCUUUCCAUGUUGGAUCUUCUGUUUCCUGUCUCCCGUGCCUUCCCCAUUCUUAGCUCACUCUCUUGUUCAGGGAGCACAUCCUCCAUCCUUAAAAGAAGGAGAAAGGACCACUUUUGUGGCACCUUGUACAUCUGAUAAUGUCUUCAUUCAUCAUUAAUGGUUUAACUGGCAUGCCAUUCCAGUGAUUAGCGUUUUAUUCCGAAUUUUGUAUGUGCAGCUCCUUUGUUUUCUGCUCUCAGUGUUGCUGUUGAGACUUCUGGAGUCAUUUUGAUUCUUGACCCUUUGUAUACGAUCUGAUUUUUCUUGGAAGCCUGUAGAACCUUCUCUUUCCCUCCAGAGUUGAGAGAUUUCACAGUGAUCUCUUUGGGUUUGGGGUCUGUUUUCACCCUUAUGUUGGGCCCUGGGUGGGCCCUUUCAGUUUGAUAAGUCACAUCUUUCAGUUUUCUGUGUGUGAGACCAUUGAGGCUGGCAUGGGAUGGAGGCUGGCAGGGAUGGGGUGUCAAGUGGCUGGGGAAGCAGCGAGGAGCACAGUCCUGUGGCCAGAGGAGCAGGCCUAGUUCCUCCUGCUCACAGCCUAGUUCCCAGGAGGAAUGAGGAGGAGGAGGAGGAGGAGCUGGAGGAGACCGCACAGGAGAAGAAGCUGCGCUUGGCCAAGCUCUACCUUGAGCAGCUCAAGCAGCAAGAGGAGGAGAAGGCCGAGGCCCGCGAAUUUGAGGAGGACCAGGUGGCGGGGAGGCUGAAGGAGGACGUGCUUGAGCAGAGAGGCAGGCUGCAGAAGUCGGUGGCAAAGGAGAUCCAGGCCCCAGACCCUGCUGACAUUCGAAUCUUACGGGGCCACCAGCUGUCCAUCACAUGUUUGGUUAUCACCCCUGACGACCUGGCCAUCUUUUCUGCCGCCAAAGACUGCACCAUUAUUAAGUGGAGUGUGGAAAGUGGACGGAAGCUUCAUGUGAUCCCUCGAGCCAAGAAGGGUGCUGAGGGGCAGCCCUCCGGCCAUAGUAGCCACGUCCUCUGCAUGGCCAUCUCCUCCGAUGGCAAGUACCUGGCCUCGGGUGACCGCAGCAAGCUCAUUCUCAUUUGGGAGGCCCAGAGCUGCCAGCACCUGUACACCUUCACGGGACACCGGGACGCCGUGUCGGGGCUGGCAUUCCGCAGAGGCACCCACCAGCUCUACAGCACGUCCCACGACCGCUCUGUAAAGGUGUGGAAUGUGGCAGAGAACUCCUACGUGGAGACGCUCUUCGGGCACCAGGAUGCUGUGGCUGCACUGGAUGCUCUGAGCAGGGAGUGCUGCGUGACCGCUGGGGGCCGGGAUGGGACCGUGCGUGUGUGGAAGAUCCCCGAGGAGUCCCAGCUUGUCUUCUACGGCCACCAGGGCUCCAUCGACAGCAUCCAGCUCAUCAACGAGGAGCACAUGGUGUCGGGUGCAGAUGAUGGUUCUGUAGCCUUGUGGGGCCUCUCUAAGAAGCGGCCACUUGCCCUGCAGCGUGAGGCCCAUGGGCUGCGGGGGGAGCUGGGCUUGGAGCAGCCCUUCUGGGUGUCAUCGGUGGCAGCCCUGCUCAACACAGACCUCGUGGCCACAGGCUCUCACAGCAGCUCUGUGCGGCUCUGGCAAUGCGGGGAGGGCUUCCGGCAGCUUGACCUUCUCUGCGACAUCCCCCUGGUGGGCUUCAUCAAUAGCCUCAAGUUCUCCAGUGCUGGGGACUUCCUGGUGGCCGGGGUAGGGCAGGAGCACAGGCUUGGCCGGUGGUGGCGGAUCAAAGAGGCCCGGAACUCCGUCUGCAUCAUCCCUCUCCACAGGGCCCCCAGGCCCCCUGCUGCUGGCUCCUGACACUCUCAUCCCCUUUAUUUAAGUUCUUCCCAGGCCAUCCCCUGCCUUCUUUGUAUUAAAAGCCUCCUCUUCUGGG